CCCCAAACAACAGCACCAAAACAAGGCUCUUUUGCAGAAUUGGUUUAGCGCAUCAUUGCGAGCCCGGAAACAAAAGAAGAGAAAGAUUAACUGGUAUUUUUUCCCUUCUUGGCGGGCACGCUAAGCUGUCUCACACCCACUUGCCCCCCCGGUAGAGUAUAAGCUUCACUGUCGCAUUCAACAAAAACCCUGCCCGUCCCCUCUCUUAUCUUUUUCUCCUCUCUUUUUUAUUUUCUUCUCCUUAUCUUCCCCAGAGAAAAGGAAGCAAAGUAAACAAGACCGUUUUGUCGUCGAUCGACACUGAGCACGCGACAACAGCCUGCUACUACAUUCCUCCACAGAGAUAACGAAAACGGCUAUCUGCAGACAGACAUGGCAAAGGGGACGACGCACUUUUCCGAGGACCCGCCCAAGGUGCUCAACCAGAAGGAUCUGGAUCUUGCCAAUGAGCGCCUAAAGGACGAAAAGGCCGCCGAGGGAGCGGCUUCUGCUGGUGCAGAGGCUUCAGGCAAAGCUUCUGGCGAUGACGGCUCCUCAUCGCCCGGCAUUGAAAAGGCCAACACGGCCAACGAGAAUGGCGCCGGGAAUCUUGAGAAGCUGGGCACGUACGACAAGUACGAGAUCACCGAGGAUGACUGCUACGAUGAGCUGGGCUACAACUUCCCCAAGUGGAAGAAGUGGUACAUCCUGACUGUCAUCUUCUGGGUGCAGGUGUCCAUGAACUUCAACACGUCGCUCUACUCCAAUGCCAUUACUGGCAUGAUCAACGACCCCGGUCACUUUCCCGGAUUGUCCGCGCAGGGUGCCCGCUGCGGUGCCAUGAUCUUCCUUGUGCUCUACGCCUUUGGCUGUGAGCUCUGGGCGCCGUGGUCUGAGGAGUUUGGUCGCUGGCCAGUGCUCCAGCUCUCGCUGUUCCUUGUGAACAUUUGGCAGAUCCCUGUUGGUUUGGCCCAAAACUUUGCUACCGUCAUGGUUGGACGUGCCCUCGGCGGUCUGAGCUCCGCCGGUGGUUCUGUCACGCUGGGCAUGAUUGCCGACUUGUUUGAGGCCGAUAAGCAACAGUAUGCCGUGGCAUAUGUUGUGUUUUCUUCGGUUGGUGGCUCUGUCUUGGGCCCUAUUGUCGGUGGCUUUGUCGAGCAGUUUGUCGACAACUGGAGAUGGUGCAUCUGGAUCCAGCUCAUCUUUGGCGCCGCCGUCCAGGCCCUGCACUUCUUCACCGUCCCCGAAACGAGAACCACGAUCCUCAUGAACCGCAUCGCCAAGAAGCGCCGUGAGGCUACCGGCGCCAACAUCUGGGGUCCCGACGAGCUGGUGCCCUUCCGCGACCGCUUCUCUGUCAAGGAGGUCCUCAUCACCUGGAUCCGCCCCUUCAAGAUGUUCCUGACCGAGCCCAUUGUGCUUGUCUUGUCGCUGCUCUCCGGCUUCUCCGACGCCCUCAUCUUCAUGUUCAUCCAGUCCUUUGGCCUCGUCUACGAGGUCUGGGACUUCCAGACAUACCAGAUUGGCCUUGCCUUUAUCCCCAUUGGUAUCGGCUACUUCCUCGCCUGGCUGCUGUUCAUCCCCGCCAUCAAGCGCAACAUUGCCGAGCGCAAGGCCAAGCCCAACGAUGAGCGCGCGCAGUACGAGUCUCGCCUGUGGUUCUUGCUCUACACCGUCCCUUGCUUGCCCAUUGGCUUGAUUGGUUUUGCUUGGACCGUAGGCAACCCCAACAUCCACUGGAUCGGCUCCAUGAUCUUUGCUGCCAUCAUCGGUAUUGCCAACUACGCCAUCUACAUGGCCACCAUCGACUACAUGAUCUGCGCCUACGGUCCAUACUCGGCCUCGGCCACUGGUGGUAACGGCUGGUCUCGCGAUUUCCUUGCUGGUGUUCUCACGCUGCCCGCCGUUCCCUUCUUCACCAAUGUCGGCGCCGAGACGGGCAAGAAUCUGCAGUACGCCAACACCAUUCUCUUCUGCAUCUCCUUCAUCCUCGUCGUGGCCGUCUAUGUCAUCUACUGGAAGGGCCCUGAGCUGCGCAAGCGCUCGCCCUUUGCUCAGCGCCUGGCUGAUGCCCGCCAAGAAGUCCAGCAGACUGGACGCCGUGGCAGCGUUGCUCAUGAUGGUCGUCGUGACUCCAACGCCCGCCCCGGAAACGAACGCCGUUACAGCCAGCAGCACCGAUUCUUUGGCGAGAGCCGCGUCACCCCUCGCGGUACUCCUCGCGGCACGCCCUCAGCCAGCCGCAGAGUCAGUGUGGCCAACGCCCACCACCACUAAGAACACAAAUUGGUUACGGUAUAGUAGUGUACCAUAUAGCACAUGUUUAUUAAAUGCGGGCGUAUAAUAUUUAUUGAAUGGAUACGUGUUACAAUGUUU